AUGGAAGAUCAAGUUUUAGCUCAACUCAGAUUACAGUUUCAACUUUCCCACUCUUAGAUAUAUUAUCCUCGAUCUCUAUCGGCUAGCUACACCAGUAGCAUAGCUAAAUAUAAUGUCGCUUAAAAUCACAGCAGAGAAUUUGGCAGCUAAUGAUCAGGAUCAUCUGCCUACAGAAGAUAAGAAAACAGUAGUGAUAGUGAGACAAUACGAUGAAGAAAGAGACAAGUUGGCAGUGGAAGAGUUGGAGGGACAGUGCGAUUUCGGACAACGAGGGCAACCAUCGUUGUUCACUGACCUCAUGGGUGACCCCAUUAGCCGUAUUCGCAACCUCCCUUUACAUGUCAUGCUGGUAGCUGAAGCUGAGUGUGGAAAAGAUAGAGAAAUUGUUGGGAUAAUUAGAGGUUCUAUAAAGACUGUCACCAGAGGAAACAAAGGCUCCACCCCAUGUCCAGCUUAUGUAAAGAUUGCUUAUAUUCUUGGCCUGCGAGUUUCAUCUCAACACAGGAGACUUGGCAUUGGAACAAAACUAGUUGAGGAAUUAGAAGAAUGGAGCAGAAGUAAUGGAGCAAAAUACACUUAUAUGGCCACGGACAGUAACAACCAAGCUUCUAUCAAAUUAUUCACCUCCAAAUGCAAUUACGUGAAAUUUCGUACUCCUUCAGUUUUGGUGCAACCAGUUCAUGCUCAUUACAAGCCCAUAGCAUCGGACAUUGCCAUUGUUCGAGUUUCACCACAACUUUCCGAGUCAUUUUAUCGACGAAUUUUCGCAAACUCAGAGUUCUUCCCUAAAGACAUAAACCAUAUCCUAAACAACAACCUUAGUUUUGGCACAUUCAUGGCCGUACCAAAGAAAACCCUCCUUAAUUGGGACCCCAAAAGUGGAUCUUUCCCAUCAACUUUUGCUAUACUAAGUGUUUGGAACACUAAAGAUAUUUACAAGCUACAAGUGAGAGGCAUAUCACCUUUAAAAUAUGCUUGUUGCCUAGGGACUAGGGUUUUGGAUUCUUGGAUGCCAUGGCUAAGGGUGCCAUCUAUACCGAAUAUUUUCAAGAGUUUUGGGUUUUAUUUAUUAUAUGGAAUUCAUAUGGAAGGAAAAGAAGGUCCGAGGCUAAUGAAAAAUCUUUGUGCAUUCGCACACAAUAUGGGAAGAAAUGAUAGAGAGUGUAGUUUGUUGGUGGCUGAAGUUGGGGUUGAUGAUCCUGUUAAAGAGGCAAUCCCACGUUGGAAUAAAUUUUCAUGGGGAGAUUUGUGGUGCAUGAAAAACCUUGAAUUCAAGAAUGGUGAAUCUGAGGAUAAUUGGGUGGAGUCUCCAGUUUCUUCUUGUUCGGUCAUUUUCGUUGAUCCACGUGACUUCUAACUACGUUAAUUUGCAAGGUUUUGCAUGGACGGACUUUUGGAUAAGCUCUCCAAUUGUAUAACAACCCAAACCAGAGAGGAAAUGAUUUGGUAGAAUAUUAACAAAAUCCAAUUAACUAGAAACAAUAUAGUAAUGUCUUUUUUUUUCCUAAAGGGAAAUUGCGGUUUUAGUCAUGUAAAUAUCGGUAAAUUCUGAUUAUGAUCUUUGUGGCA